AUGACAGGUUCACCCAGUCCUCUGACCACCCAUGUGCUUAACACUGCGAUGGGGGUCCCUGGGUCAAACAUGGCCAUCAACCUCUACCAACAUGACCACUCCACUAAUGCCUGGAGUCUGAUAACCACUGGGACCACUAAUGAUGAUGGACGUUGCCCAGGACUCAUCACAAAACAACAGUUUACAUCUGGUGUGUACAAAAUGCGUUUUGACACUGCUCAGUACUGGGCGAGUAUGGGAGAGACCUGUUUUUACCCCUAUGUGGAGAUUGUCUUCUUUAUAAAUGAUCCUGGCCAAAACUACCAUAUCCCUCUGCUCCUGAGUCGUUUCUCUUAUAGUACAUACAGAGGGAGUUAG